AUGUGCUGGUUUCCCCGCGCUCUGGAGAUUGGCGGGAUAUUGAAAGGUGCGGGGUCUAGAAGGGGCCUCUCUGUCCGUGGCCAAAGGAGUUUCCGUGCCUGGCUUUGCAUUCUUCAAGUUAGGUGCUGGAAUAUUCCUGUCAUACGCGUUCUCAAGAAAGUGGAUCGUAAGCGCACACGAGCUGGGGUUGGUUUGGUGGAGAAAGAAGAUGGGGUGUAG